GCCUGACCUGCGGCCUACCUUAUGCGAACUGGCCCAACUGCGUGCGAUUGCGAAGAACGAAGGUCGAAGAGACGAAGCGUGAGGACUGAGGAAGGCACGAAACGUGAGGAAGAGACGAAAACCUGCAGCCAGAGGCCAAGCCGCCUUCCAGGCGUCCAGGGCCUUGAGCCCCUGCGUAGACUGUCUUCCACUCUUCCCUGUCCGACUCUGAGCUCUCCUAUCCGAAUCGGAAAAUUUGAUUUUGCGUUUCUGGGCUCCAGCUCCAACCUCCAGGUGAGCAGUAACAAAUAUUUUUACUUCUUAGCUCACCCCACUCUACAUUCCUUGAUCCGCCCCUGGAGCUCAGCACUUCAGCCCAUCUUCCCAAUUUGUGUGCAGUGCAGUACAAUGGGAAGUGAUUUGAAAAAGUGGGUAUCAGAUACCCUCAUAUCGGUUUUGGGUUAUUCCCAAAGUACACUUGUGAAUUAUGUAAUUGGUUUAGCUAAGAAAGCUUCCUCUCCUAAUGAGCUUUCUAGCAUGCUCAUUGAAGCGGGAGUACCAUCAACCCAUGAGUCAAAGGAAUUUGCACAAGAAUUUUUUUCUAGAGUUGAGCACAAGGCUGCAGGACCAAAUCUAUAUCAACAAAAAGAAAGGGAGGCAGUGAUGCUUGCAAAGAAGCAAAAGACCUACACAAUAAUAGAGGAUGAUGCUGAUGCUGCUGCUGAUGUUCAUAGCAAUGCUCACGUGUCUUCAGAAACUAGGAGGAAGGGUCAUGAAAAGAGAUUUAGAAGGAGGGCGGUUUCUGAAGCUGAUGAAGAUGAAGAGAAAAUAAGAAAAAUAGAAGAGGAAAGACAAGUAAGGAGACGAACUAACAAUGAUGAUGGUCACGAUGAUGGUGGUGAUAGUGGUUCUGAGUCAGAAGAGGAAAGACUGCGUGAUAAAAAGGAGAGAGAAGAGUUGGAGAGACAUAUCAGAGAAAGAGAUGCUGCAUCAACAAGAAAGUUGACUGAGAAAAAGUUAUCCAGAAAGGAUGAAGAAGAGGCAAUCAGGAGGUCUAACGCUUUGGAGCAAGAUGAGAUUGGAACUUUAAGGAAAGUCUCAAGGCAAGAGUAUCUUAAGAAAAGAGAGCAAAAGAAAUUAGAUGAACUCAGAGAUGAGAUAGAAGAUGAGCAGUACUUAUUUGAUGGGAUGAAGCUAACUGAAGCAGAAUAUAAGGAGAUGAGGUACAAGAGAGAGUUAUAUGAUCUAAUCAAAAAGCGGACCGAGGAGGAUGAUGGCAAAAAUGAGUAUAGGUUUCCCGAUGCAUAUGAUCUUGAAGGUGGUGUAAAUCAAGAGCAAAGGUUUGCUGUUGCACUGCAACGCUACAGGGAUCCUGAUGCUAAUGACAAGAUGAACCCUUUUGCUGAACAAGAAGCUUGGGAGGAUCACCAAAUAGGCAAAGCUACACUCAAAUUUGGUUCUAAAGAUCGCAAGGCAAAAUCUGAUGAUUACCAAUUUGUGUUCGAAGACCAGAUAGAGUUCAUAAAAGCAGCCGUUAUGGAUGGCGUUAAUGUUGAUCAAGAGUCCUCUAUUGAGGAACUAGAAGUUUCUGUUGCUAAAUCAGCAUUUGAAAAACUGCAAGCAGACAGGAAAACUUUGCCCAUCUAUCCAUAUCGUGAUGAGUUGCUGCAAGCUAUCGAUAAGCACCAGGUUCUAGUCAUUGUCGGAGAGACAGGUUCUGGCAAGACUACUCAGAUACCUCAGUACUUGCAUGAGGCAGGGUACACCAAACGUGGCAAGGUGGGAUGUACUCAGCCACGCCGAGUUGCUGCCAUGAGUGUUUCUGCCCGUGUUUCCCAAGAAAUGGGAGUCAAACUUGGACAUGAGGUGGGCUAUUCAAUUAGGUUUGAAGAUUGCACUUCAGAGAAGACCAUUCUAAAAUAUAUGACUGAUGGGAUGUUGUUGCGUGAGUUCCUUGGGGAACCUGAUUUGGCAAGUUACAGUGUAAUCAUGGUGGAUGAGGCACACGAAAGAACUUUAUCAACUGAUAUCCUUUUUGGCUUGGUUAAGGAUAUUGCUCGUUUCCGUCCUGACCUCAAGUUGCUUAUAUCAAGUGCUACCCUUGAUGCCGAGAAGUUCAGUGACUAUUUUGAUACAGCUCCCAUUUUUAAAAUACCUGGAAGGCGGUUUCCAGUGGAUAUACACUAUACUAAAGCGCCCGAGGCUGAUUAUUUGGAUGCAGCAAUUGUUACUGCUCUUCAGAUACAUGUGACACAACCGCCCGGUGAUGGUGAUAUAUUAGUUUUUUUAACUGGGCAGGAGGAGAUCGAGACAGCUGAGGAGAUCAUUAAACAUAGGAUCAAGGGCUUGGGAACAAAAAUAGCAGAGCUAAUUAUGUGCCCAAUAUAUGCAAACCUUCCAACAGAACUACAAGCCAAAAUUUUUGAAGCUACUCCUGAAAGGGCACGCAAGGUUGUUCUUGCUACAAAUAUUGCCGAGACUUCGCUGACCAUUGAUGGGAUAAAAUACGUAAUUGAUCCUGGAUUUUGUAAGGUGAAGACAUAUAACCCUCGUACCGGCAUGGAAUCAUUACAUAUCUCUCCUAUUUCAAAGGCAUCUGCUAACCAACGGGCUGGCCGUUCCGGAAGAACAGGGCCCGGGAAGUGUUUCCGGCUGUACACUGCGUAUAACUUUUUAAAUGACUUGGAGGAUAAUACUGUUCCAGAGAUUCAAAGGACCAACCUGGCAAAUGUUGUGCUUUCUCUUAAGAGUCUGGGCAUUCAUGAUUUGCUAAACUUUGAUUUUAUGGAUCCACCACCUGCUGAAGCUCUACUAAAAGCACUGGAAGUGCUCUUUGCUCUAAGUGCUCUUAGUAAGCAUGGUGAAUUGACUAAAGUUGGCAGAAGAAUGGCUGAGUUCCCUCUUGACCCCAUGCUCUCCAAGAUGAUUGUUGCUUCUGAAAAGUAUAAAUGCUCUGAUGAGAUCAUAAGUAUUGCAGCAAUGCUGUCUAUUGGAAAUUCGAUCUUUUAUCGUCCAAAGGACAAACAAGUGCAUGCUGACAAUGCAAGGUUGAAUUUCCAUAUGGGCAAUGUUGGAGAUCAUGUUGCAUUACUGAAGGUUUAUAACUCAUGGAAAGAAACCAACUUUUCAACCCAGUGGUGCUAUGAGAACUACAUUCAGGUCAGAAGCAUGAAAAGAGCUAGAGACAUCAGAGACCAAUUAGAGGGCCUUCUAGAAAGAGUAGAAAUUGAAUUGACUUCAAAUCUCAAUGAUCUAGAUGCUAUAAAGAAGUCCAUUACAUCUGGAUUCUUUCCUCACUCAGCAAGGCUGCAAAAGAAUGGAAGUUAUCGAACUGUUAAGCUUCCUUUGACUGUUCAUAUUCAUCCCAGUUCAGGUCUAGCACAGGUUCUUCCUAGAUGGGUUGUCUAUCACGAGCUUGUUCAUACAACCAAAGAGUACAUGCGACAGGUUACUGAACUAAAGCCUGAAUGGUUGGUAGAAAUAGCUCCUCACUACUAUCAGUUGAAGGAUGUUGAAGACCAUGCAUCAAAGAAAAUGCCCAGAGGAGAGGGUCGAGCGUCUUAGUCUUGAUUAUGGGUAACCUCUAAAUACAUUCAUCGAAUGGAACAUAUAUUCUCUUCUAUGCCAGAGGUGGCGGUAUAUCCACUAACGAAAUCAGCCUGGCCACAUACUUGAGGCUCCUCAAAAGUCACGGUCCCAGCCGAAUAGCUGAUGCAGAAUAGGGUGGCUUCCACCAAACGGCAUCACCCAAACACCAGAUUAAGUAGUAAUGUGCUUUCUGGUAGGUCAUGGAAUGCAUGGAUGUAAUUACUCUAUCCAUAGGGCAUUCCCCUUAAUUUUGUAUCUCUUUUCCUAUUCUGUACAAUGUACAUAUAACGCUAGUAGUUGGAAAGUAAUAUAGGCUCAUCCCAUUAGGGUAUGUCAACUUCUGAUAUUUAAAUGUUUUUCAUCACCUUUUCUAUACUUAUUAUACGAUCAGAUCAUGUUAAGCCAAUGCUUUCAUUAACUUGAUUCUUUUUAUAACACACUUUUUUACA